GAUUAUUAUGGGCUGCGGGCGCCGCCGCCGAGGCGCACAAGAUGGAGCUGUCUGCAGUGGGGGAGCGCGUCUUCGCCGCCGAGUCCAUCAUCAAGCGGCGCAUCCGAAAGGGCCGCAUCGAGUACCUGGUGAAAUGGAAGGGCUGGGCCAUCAAGUACAGCACCUGGGAGCCCGAGGAGAACAUCCUGGACUCCCGCCUCAUCGCCGCCUUCGAGCAGAAGGAGCGCGAGCGGGAGCUGUACGGGCCCAAGAAGAGAGGACCGAAGCCCAAAACUUUUCUGCUGAAGGCUCGGGCCCAAGCGGAGGCCCUCCACAUUGGGGAUGUACACUUUUCUGUCAAGCCUGGUUCUAGCACCUCGUCUCCCAAGCUCCACUCCAGCGCCGCAGUGCACCGGCUCAAGAAAGACAUCCGGAGAUGCCAUCGCAUGUCCCGGCGUCCCCUGCCCCGUCCCGACCCCCAGAUGGUGGAAGCGUGGGGGGGGGGGGCUGGCAUCCGUCCUCCCGUCUCACCCUUCUCGGAGACCGUCCGCAUCAUCAACCGUAAGGUGAAACCCCGUGAGCCCAAACGCAGCCGCAUCAUCCUCAACCUCAAAGUCAUUGACAAAGGUGGGAAGCCAGCCAACGGGGCCGGGGCCCUGGCUCGACCCAAGAUCCCUUCCCGAAACCGUGUCAUCGGUAAGAGCAAAAAGUUCAGUGAGAGUGUCCUCCGCACUCAGAUCCGCCACAUGAAGUUCGGCGGCUUCUCGCUUUACAAUAAGCCGUCUGCUGCGCCAGCCCCCUCUCUGGAGGGCAAGGGGGAGGCCGAAGGCUCCCAGGCGGCCUCCUGUGGGCUCAUGAUGGGCUCCACCCCGUACGAUGCCCCCAGCUCCAGCUCCUCUGGCUGCCCGUCGCCCACGCCCCACUCCUCUUCUGACCCGGAUGAUUCUCCUCCGAAGCUGCUCCCCGAGACCCUCAGCCCGGCCAUCCCCGACUGGCGCGAGUCAGAGGUCCUCGACCUCUCCAUCCCACCUGAGUCAGCUGCCACCAGCAAGCGUUCUCCCCCUGGAGGCUGCAGCGGGGCGCAGACGCCCUCCUUGCCCCUUUCCUCUUCCGACCCAGAGCUGGAGGCCGGCGACUGGCGUCCCGAGAUGUCCCCUUGCUCUAAUGUGGUGGUCACGGAUGUCACCAGCAACCUGCUCACGGUCACCAUCAAGGAGUUCUGCAACGCGGAGGAUUUUGAGAAGGUGGCGGCGGCGGGUGGUGGGGGAGGCGGCAGCAAGUGAGCCAGCCAGAUCCCCCUGCUCCAGGGAUGUGGGGGUUCUACCUGCGAGAAGUCGUGGUGUGAAUGGCUGUCCUUGGUUCUCUCCUUCUCCCCUGCGCUGUCCCUCUGCCCUCACGGCCACCCUUCCUCCUCCCCCUCCUGCCCGAUCCCUCUGGUGCAGAGGCCAGAGUGUUGCAGUGGGGGGAGUCAGGAGGCAGGGUGGGCCGUGGUUGUUUGUCCUUGAAUGUGGUGGUGUCCAACUGGCAGCGGAGCCUUUGGGGUGAGCGUGUUUCUGUGUGCCUGCGGGGUGGCAGGGGGGCUGCACCUCCACCCCUUCCCCUUCCAUCUUUGAGUGAAGAGGAGCUCCAGACCCUCAAGAGGUGGGUGGAAGGAGAGCUGGAGCCUACAUCCCUGAGCCUUUUCCCACAAGGUGCACACAGUCUCUUCCAUUCCUGUAUUUUUCCCCUGCCGUGACCUGGAUCCUACCGUCCUUGCCUUCCUUGGCCCGUGGCCUGGAUCUGCCAUCUCUGUGCUGCAGUGACAGAUCCAGAUGUCCCGCAAGGAGGAGAGGGGUGUGAGGUGAAGUGUCAUAGCUGCAAGGUGCUCAUGACAAAGCUGGGGUGGCUGAGAGAGCCCCACACAGCAAACAUCCCAUGGUGGCUUCUCUGUUCCUGCAACUAUCGGUGCUACCUUGGCAGUUGUAUGGUCACUUUUGGGCAGCCUGGUGUCUCCUCUUCCCCUGCAUCUUCCAGCGUGCUCAGCUUUGCAGGUGGAAUGGGAGAGAAGGGGAGCCUGCCUCCAGCCAAACCUUCCUCCUGGCAUUUCAUCACUUGCACUUGUUGGGGGAGAGGGAAUCAAAUACCCCUCUCCCCCUCCAGCCCUUCUGUGGUGGGAGUGGGAGCACCCGUCCUUCGGUCUGGGAGGAGAUGGUGGUCUCCUGCCUCCUCAGCAAGCUUCCCCUGAACCUUUUUGCUCCCUCAGAGGGAAGGAUGGGUGCUAAGUUGGGUGGCGUGCUCUACCCACUCCCUCUCAUCUCUCCUGCUCCCCUCUCUCUGUCUAGGAUGUCUUGGAAGGAGUGUUCCCCUCUGUUUUUCCAGGAUCUGAAGUGGCCCCUUACAACUGCCAUCAAAGGUGCUAACAAAAAAUUGCUCUCACAUCAUAAGCACGCGUGCUGGCUCUCUCUGAGAGCACCUCUGGGUUGAUACAGACAUUCCUUCUCCUUGGCCCUUGCAAGUAGGAGCAAGGGAGAUCACAGCUCUUUCCCUGAUGCUCUUGUCAUGCCCCAAACGAGCUCUCUCCUCUACCUGCCACUUCUGGCUUGCUUAUCCUAAGCAUCGUGGUGAGACGCCACUCCUUCCUCUCCCUUCUCCUCUACUUGCAUGUGGUUGGGCUGUAGGGGCGAGGAAAAGAUGCUGAUGGAUCAACCCGUGGGAGAGCCUCCCCUCCCAGCCCUGUCCCCACUGCUGGGCUUGGGGCAGGGGGGUUUUACUUCUACAUCUGUGGUGCAGAGGUGGGAAAGGGUGGAGAGAAUUCCCCACUCUGAGGCCUGCAGCUGUGCCCUGAGCGGGUGAACACGAGCGGAGCCGACCCUUUGGUGCUUCUGCAUGAGGGACAGGGUGCUGGCAGCCGACUGCUCUGGCAGUGCUCCUGCCUGGAGCUGUCAUUUUGUGGUCUGAGGGUAGCAGCGAGGUGGUCUGUGGGAUAGAACUGGGGUGGCAGAAGGACCGACUGACCGCUGACUGUAAUUAGAGCCUCUCUAAUUGCAGCUCCUCAGUGGGUGCAGUGAAUGCCUUGCUGCCUGCCCACAGGAAUGCCUCGCAGCGGAUGGGGUUUGUGUUGGGUUCAAAGGGGCUCCAGGUGCUGCGAUCUCCACCCUUGGCACACCUCUUUGUUUCUCUUCCCUUGUUUUAAGAGCUCAGCAGGUGCUUUGGGGAUGCGGCUGCAUUCACAGCUGAAGUCAGGGGCAGGGAGAAAGAGACUUCCCUGAUCCAUUCACCCAAGCUAAGGCUUCCUAUAACGUGUUGGACUCGUGUGCGUGUCUGUAUUAAUACCUGCCUGUAUUCUUUGUGUUCUUACUUUUGCAUCUUUCCUGUGCCUGGCACACCCAGGGUCCCUUAUUUGAGCAUAGCCUAUCCACUGCUUCAAGGAUGAGCAGUCCGUAGUUCAGGGGAAAAGCUCUUCCUUAGGGAAUCAGCGAGGAGAUGCUUCUCUUUUUUCCCCUUGUAAGCAACAACAACAAGAAACCACAACUAUUUGGAGGCUACAGGAUAAGAGGAGCUUUAUGGGGUGGAUGCAAACCGGCCUGUCACCUUAGGUUGUUCAGUUGCUGUUUGGUGUGUAUGUGGUGAUGUGUUUUGUUCUGUGAUAAUGAGGUUCUGAAACAAAUCGGAGCGUUUAAGUGGGAGAUAAAAGGGAACUUUAAUAGGAAACUCUCGAUGUGUUGUGGCCAAGGUGCGUUCGCUUGGCAGACUUCUUUUCUCCGGUGUCUCUUAUAUGGUGUUCUUUAGGGGCGGGGGGCAGGAACUGUGUAGUUGAAGGGGUUUUGCCUUUCUCCGGAGUGACAAGCAAAGGGGACCGUCUGAAGAGCACACAGUGGGUCAUGGUAGGGGUGCUGUCGUGGCAGGGAAGCUCGUGCGGUACAUGCUCUUUGCGGAGGAGGAAAGGAGUGCCAUCCAGCUUGCAGACACAGCUCAACCGCCUGCGCGACGCAUCGCUCCCCGGUUGCGUCGCCAGGUGGGAAUCAAACCCUGAACCUCUGGAUCUGGAACACAGAUCCCCUGCUGCUUCCAGGUAGAGGCUGCUAUCUGGAAGUCUCCAAGUGCCCUCGGGUGGACGCGCCGCUUGGGGCCGGCCAACCGACCUUCAUAUUCAUGUGGGUUACGCUCUUCCUCCUCAGUUUUUGCCCUUGCUCUUUAAUGGAGAUGGGAAGGAAGAUCCAUCCGUUGCCCUUUGGAAAGGGCUUGAGGUUGAGGGGAGGAGUUCAUUUGAAAGUAUCCCCUUCCCUUCCCCGUACACCCUAGGAAAAAAAAAAAAAACAAAAACAGGGAGAUAUUCUCUGUGUCUGUGCCAUGUUUGUUCUCUUGUCGUCGUGUUUUUAGAGGAGAUUUUAUGAUGGAGUGGAAAAAGUGAAAUGAUUAGUUUUGCAUAAAAAAAAAGAGAAAAGCUUAAAAAAAAAAUUUCUACAGGGAGAGAGAGAGCGAGAGAGUUUAAAAAUGAAUAAUAAAUGCGGUGAUUGCACAAACUGUAGCGGUAUUAGGCGGUCCUUAGAGAAAAGAGUAUUUUGUAGUAUCGAAGCAUGUGUGUCUGGGAUGGUGUUUGGUUGCUUGACCCGGAGGGAAAGGCAUCCUGGGACUGGCAGCGAUCUCCGAGUGGAGAAGGCGAGUUGCGUGUUGGAGGAACCCCGUCUGUCUGCAGCCCCCUCUGCCCGCGCCUCCCACGUGUUGGAGUUCCCUUCCCUCCCAUUCCUCUCCUGUGAGCUAAGGUGGAGUCUCCAAAUGGUUUUUCUGGCCGAGCAGCCCUCAGCAGUGGCCGCUCCUGGCCCACCACGUGGAAACAGUUGACUUUCUUUGCAUGCACGGCAAGCUGCUAAGAUUCGGGGUCAGCAUGUACCUUUCCUGCCAGAUCGCCGCCUUUUCUCCCUUCCCCUUGUCAGAGCAGGAUGUAGCACGGUGGGCUCAUCUGGGAAGAGGAUGCACCUCCCCUCCGUGGGGUCUUUUUAAACUGGGGCAGGGGAGGUUUAGGUUAGAUGUUAGCAGGAAGUUUUUCACCCAGAGGGUGGUGAUGCACUGGAACAGGCUGCCC